GAAACGACCAAGGUGUACCGACCAUGCCACCCCUCGCAGGAUUCACAGACAACCCUCUCAUCGACCGGGCCGAUGUAAUGCGCGCAGCGAUCGCAUUGAUCGAGCCCCUCCACGCGCACUUCUCGCCCGCCCGGGCGUUCGUCCGCCUGCCCAGCUCAACCGGCGCACACUUUGACGAGCGCGCAGCGCAGCUAGAGGGCUUUGCACGUCCACUAUGGGCCAUCGCGUCCCUGCUACAUACAGCACGAUCGGAUCCCGAGAAUGCGGAUUUGAUCCGCUCCCUCGCAUGGCCCUGGGUUCAGGGAAUUGCGACGGGGACGGACCCGACGCACCCCGAGUACUGGGGUACAAUUGCGAAUGGCGACCAGCGCAUGGUGGAAGCGGAGGUUAUUGCUGUCGCUCUACUACUUGCACCAGAUGAGUUUUUUCACUCGCAGAGUCCUGGGGUUCGCGAGAAUAUUAUUUCCUGGCUCUCCGGGAUGAACGGGCAGGAUAUGCCUGUCAAUAACUGGCGCUGGUUCCGGAUCUUCUCGAACCUGGCUUUGGUUGUCGUAGCAGGAAUACCAUAUGCUAAGUUAAAGAGUGAAAUGGCCAGUGACUUUGUAGUCCUGGAUUCAUUUUAUCUAGGUCAUGGCUGGUCUGGAGACGGGCCGUGGCUGACAGCCGAGCAAGAGGCUGCAGAAGAAGCGGAGUGUAUCCGAACCAGGCGACGAGAUAAAGUCGGAUGUGGGCGUCAGGUUGACUACUACUCUGGCAGCUUUGCAAUCCAGUUCAGCCAACUUCUGUAUGCGAAGUAUGCGGGUAACCUGGACCCGGGCCGCGCAGCAAGGUACCAGCAGCAAGCACGGGAGUUCGGUAGUGAUUUCUGGAGAUACUUCGAUGCGAACGGUGCCGCAAUUCCCUUUGGCCGAUCACUUACAUACCGCUUCGCCUGUGCGGGCUAUUUUGCUGCGCUGGCCGUUGCUGAGGUGCCUGAUAUGCCGGCGCCGCUGGAUUCGCCAGGGGCAACCAAGGGCUUUUUGCUUCGGCAUCUGCGGUGGUGGGGGGCUCAUUCUAAGGACAUAUUCAACUCGGACGGGACAAUGAAUAUCGGCUAUACCUAUCCAAACAUGUACAUGGCCGAAGACUACAACUCGCCACAAUCAGUCUACUGGGCACUAAAGUCCCUGAUCCCGCUCGUUUUACCAAGCACGCAUGCAUUCUGGACCUCGCCCGAGCCACCGUACCCUUCUGUGACAAUGGACAGUUCAGUCAAACUCAUCCCCCAACCAGCUCAAAUCCUCUGCAACCACCCAUCCGCGUGGCACCAUUUCAUGCUUUCACCCGGCCAGUUUGUUGCCUGGCCCAUGAAAGCCAGCCAGGCGAAGUACUGCAAAUUCGCGUACUCGUCUGCCUUUACUUUUAAUGUUCCAACGGGCCCGUUGAUCCAACAGAUCGCGCCAGAUAACAUGCUAACCCUUAGCCGGGAUGGCGCGGCAACAUGGGCUAUGAAGUGGAAGUGUGCAACUGUGCGGUAUCUGACAGCAAGUGUGAAGGGAGAGACUGUGCCCGCUGCGAGUGUUGUAUGGCGGCCGUGGGUUGAUGGGGCCGUGACUGUUCAGACGACCCUGGUUCCGCCAACAAGCAGGUGGCCGGACUGGCAUACACGGGUGCAUCGUAUCAGGCUUAAUGGGUCAUCAUCAAGCUCUGGGCUGGAGAGUCUGCAUCUUGUCGAGGGUGGGUUUGCGAUUUCCCGCGUCCCGAGCCGUGACCAGACUCGAGUUCUGCCGCUGCUGCCGGAUGAUAGCAGCAGUUUAUCUGCAAUGGGGUCGGAGGCACGCCAAGGGAUCUAUGCAACCGAGACGAAGGCUUUCGUCCUUUCUUCAGCCGGCGCAAGCGGUGUUGUGGGAACGGCAAAGCGCUCUGGCUCUGGACCAUCCGCAUCCGUUGAGCACGAGGUGAUGAAGCCCGACUCAAAUACGAAUAUCAAAGCGCAGCGGUCGCUGAUUCCUGUUUUAAGAUGCGAGGUGUUUGAUAUUGCAGUGGGGGAGGAAAUUGUGCUGGUCAUCAGUGUAUUUGCUGUUGCUGCCCCGGGGGUUAAGGAUGGGAAUUGGGAGACACUGCGUGAGAGGUGGCUGGAUGCACCGAGAGUGCAUUUGGGAGGGCCGGGGGAAUCGGAGGGGGUUGAGGAUGCGAUUAUUCUGGCUGCUUAGUGUGUACGGGCAUACAUAUAUUGAGUGUUAUUGAUUUAGAAAUUGAACCACAUAUACUUCAUCAUGUGCAUAAUGGAUCUAUGUCGCAGCUAAAACAAGCCCAUCCUCAACAGCUUAUUACCAAACUCCAGCAGAUAGUAAUCCCCAUAAACCAACCCGUGAUCACUAUACUGAUCAUAGUCCUGAGCAUUAUGGUUCGCUGUAGCAUUCUUCAGGAUAGCAUCAAACCGCUGGCCGGGCACCACGUCUUCCACUCGGAUACUUCCAU